AUGGUCGCUGUGUCCGUUUCCUUGCUGAGUGGUGCAUGCUUGACAGUGGAGCUAACCUCUCCAGUUGUGGCACGGCUGCGUGAAGAGGUCGCCAGAGAGCUGGAUGUCCUGGCAUGCCAGAUCCGUCUGACUCGAGCAGGGGCCGAGCUUGCUGACGACGCAGUUGUGGCAGCAGAAGGUGCUGCAGAGGUCGCUGAUGUUGAGGCCAUGAUUGUGCCGAUUCUUGACUUCCCCUGCUACGAUCGAUACCCCGGAGCUGAAACGUAUGUGGCCUGCGCUGAUGCAGCUGACGUCGAAACCCGAAGCUUCUGCCGUCCCUACUUUCCCCUGUCGCGAAGAUGA